AUGGCUUCAAUGGCACCGUCGGAGGAGCAGAUCUCGCAAGUCAUUGACUUUGCAGGUCUCAAUCCCCACGAUGACCGAACCAUGGUUAUUCAGGCGCUCAAGGACACUGGCGGCAAUGUCGAGGCGGUUGUUAUGCAGUAUUUUGAUAAUCCCGAGUCGUUUCGACAAAAAUUUACGAGUGUAUGGGACGAGAGCCUAUUCCAAGCGGAUAGGGAUGGCACCGUCAACCCUGCAGCAUUUCAUAUCGAGUCGAUAAACAAGAACGAUGGUAUUAAGAGCAACACCCCGCCGCUAGAAGGAUAUGGGCCUAUGGCACCGUCGCGACCCCCAUCGAGAUCAAACGGCCGGUCGCCACUGGGUAGAAUGGUGGACUGGGCGGCAGGAGAUACGCCGGCGGGAUCGGCCGCACCGUCCACCAGAGAAGACGAAGAUAUGCAAAGGGCACUUAGAGAGUCUGCCCAGGAAGCUGGCAUUGCAUUGCCAGAACAGCAAUCCGGCCUCAUGAGUACACAGUCAACGUCAACUCCCUACUUCGGCCCCGCGAACCGAAACGACUAUGAUCAGGGUAGCUGGGCUAUGGUCCCGGCCGGGCCCUCAGAAUCUCAAGUGCCCUCCGCCCCUGCGCCGUCAUUACGAAAACGGAUGACUGGAGCACCAGCUUUCUUGGUCCAAGGCAUAAGCACAGUGGGCAACCAUGGACUUGGCGGUCUUCUUACUGUACUACACCAGAUUCCUUUGGCAAGGAAUGCUUUGCUAGAGACUGGUGCACCUGCUGCAUCGUAUGGAUUCAACAGCGAGUGGUGGAAGGGCCAGGAGAUCUUACCAACACACGCACUUGCACGACUGCAAGCAGGAGAUCUCCAAUGGGGAAACCAGGAUGAGAGUAAACCUGAUGUAGAAGAAGAAAUUCAUCGACUUAUGGCAUUCUUGGACUCAACAGAACGAAGUUAUGGAAGCGUCAGUGUCCUCACGGACCUGAUUCCGUAUCCUAGCUUGGGGCCCGAGAAGCAAUUUUACGAGUACCUGGGACCAAAGAAUGAGGAAAAGCUGAAGCCACUGAUACACUCAGCCGCGCUUUCUACUGUGUUCGGUGACGACCUGGGUGACGAAGAGGCUAAAUUUGGACUCUUGGAGAUGGAGCAUUUGCGCAGCGACUACACGUACAUCAAGACUGUUUACGAGUCAUUAGAUCACACCAUGUGGAGCGACGUUUUGUCCUGGAACGAGCUACACGAAGGGUCAAAGAUGGCCAUGUUCACAGAGAUGGGUGAAGUUCUGGCUAUCAAAAUUAAUGGUGAUGGACCACAGGACUCUAUUGAUAUCCCUGAAAAGUUGUACUUGGAAAAGUACCAAACAAACCGCAAGGAUGAGGCUCGGCGUAUCCAGAUGUCAUGGUGCGACACCAAGAAUGCCAUCAUGCAAAUCGCAAAAGAAGAACAGCAGCUAUUCGAGUGGCGCAAUGACUGGGACCAUCAAAUGAUGGACAAAAAACAAAUGAUAGAAAAGGCUAGGAAUCAGUGGCAGGUAUAUAGCGACUACCUGCUCGGGCUGGGCAAGUUUCGAGGCAUGGUGGCAUCUGGCUUUGAUACGGACAGUUAUCCAGACUACCGAAAGGCUCCUUGUGAACUGAGCGAGAGCGAAAAUAGCGCAUUGGGGAGAGUCGAUGAGGUGUUGCAGACGCUUCUCCGCAUGCUCACUGAUAUUGAUAAGAGGUUAAGUUCCCUCAACUCACAGAUGGAACAAAUCAUGUCCAAGCAAAGGUUCCUUGGCCGGCUUCUCACACAACCCGAGAAACAAAAUAGACCACGGCCUAUGACGUGUAAAGAAUUUCUUCUCCGGGGAGUGGUAACACCGUCAGACGUUACCUAUGUCUGCCAACGAGCUGAACCGGAUCUGAUAGAAUUGGGGGAGCAGCCCAAACAAUUGGACCAGUGGUGGCGGUUGGCCUACGCCCCGAAUGGGGAGCAACCAGUACAGGCUGAGAAAGUAGAGAUUGAACGUGUGCUACGGGAUGUCUGGCAAGAAACCAAGACACCAUUGAUGGUUUACGCAACUGAGACAGCCUUGAAUGCUGUACGAGCGCCUUUGACAGCACCACUACAACGGUUCGCAACGGCUGAAAAUAAGGCGUUCCGCCAAGAACUUCAUCAUGAAGCCACCCAAGCGGCAGACGCAGAAGCUGGCGAAGGGAAGAAAACGCCAGGAUCAGGGCCGAUAGAUCCCAUUUCACCAUCCAAGAGAAAGCAUCGGGCAGAUAGUGUUGAUUCCAUGGAUAGCAAUCGCGCAUCGAUAGGAAGUGAUGAUGCCCAAAACGGAUUUGAUAAUCCAUUUGAGGAUGGACAGACGUCAACAGCCACUAUGACAGCAUCAGCCACGCCUGUUACAACGACAGCUAAUGAGACGCACCCGGACUUGGACACGGAAGCAACAGAAGUGAGGAUGGUGGCAGCGGCAUCAACUGUGGAACAGUGA